ACAGAAGGAAAUAAUGGAAUAAACAGAAGGUUUGAGCUUUAACUUUGACCACUCUCCCUUCUCUCCAUGAACUUUACGCACACCCACACACAAAUUGCCAAGUCGAAAACACUUUUGAAGCUGCCCCUUUCUCCCUUGAAUCCUUUCCCUUGGCCAAACUCCCUUUCUUACCUCUCUUCAUUUGUGGAGUCUGGGAAGAACAUCCCAUAUUUGCCGAUCUGAAGUCCUAAAGUGUACAUAUUUCCAUCUAUGAGACUGCCUUGCUCAUCAACAAAGAAAACUUCUGAAUGAAUAGCAGUGGAAAGAGACUUAUUUCUUGAAUAUUUGAUAAAUCAUCUAUGUUAUUUGCGAUGGCAGAGUCCAUCUUGGGUAGAUCUACUGAGGAUGGAGACAGAAGUUUGAUUCUUUAGUUGGAUGCUGCAUAUCUUGUUUCAAUCUAUUAGUAACUUGGUGGUCACAUUUCCCAGUAGCUAAACAAGUAUUUCAAAUAGAUAUCGAUGGCUUCAAACACUGCCUCACGAACCAGAUCUGAGCACCAAGCUGAAGAAACUGGGAGUCACAAAAUAGAACCAAAUUCCUGUAAAACUUCACAAAUUUUGAAGCUAAGUGAAUCGGUUCCUGCUGCAGCCAAAGGAACUGUAAUUGUAAAUCAGACCUUGUCAAAGCAUGCUGUGAAAAAAGACAGCUCGGAAGAUGGGAAACCAAAUCACCAUCAGGAGCGAUCAUUUGACACUUCUUUUGAAACUAGUGACAACGAUCCCUCAAGUAGUCAGAAACAGCCAAUAUCCACGGGACUAAAUGAGGGGAUGGCCAUGGAUGUUGUUGGAGAUCAAGAAAAAAAGAGCUCCGAACAGAGUCACAAUGAUAGCUUCGCAUAUGCCAAAGUUAGCGAUGGGACCAGCAGUCUCACAAAGACCAGUGGAAGUGCUAAGGUGAGCGACCGAGCUGACUUUGUUGAGAGUGGAAAAAGUAGUAUGUGCAGGGCUAGUACAAGCAGUGAUGUCAGUGAUGAGAGCUCAUGCAGCAGCAUGAGUAGCAGAAUAACCAAGCCUCAUAAAGCAAAUGAUUCAAGAUGGGAAGCCAUUCAAACAAUCCGCUCAAGAGAUGGGAUUUUGGGUUUGAGCCAUUUUAGGUUGCUAAAGAAAUUAGGAUGUGGCGAUAUUGGUAGUGUGUAUCUCUCAGAGUUGAGUGGAAUGGGAAGUUAUUUUGCAAUGAAGGUUAUGGAUAAGGGAUCACUGGCUAGCCGUAAGAAGCUUCUUAGAUCUCAGACAGAGAGGGAGAUAUUACAAUCUCUGGAUCAUCCAUUUCUUCCAACACUUUAUUCCCACUUCGAAACUGAUAAAUUCUCAUGCUUGGUGAUGGAGUUUUGCCCCGGAGGAGACUUGCACACCCUUCGUCAGAGGCAGUCCGGGAAACACUUCUCAGAACAAGCUGUGAAGUUCUAUGUAGCAGAGGUCCUCCUGGCACUGGAAUACCUACACAUGCUUGGAAUCAUAUACCGUGACCUCAAGCCAGAAAAUGUUCUUGUUCGUGAGGAUGGCCACAUCAUGCUUUCUGAUUUUGAUCUUUCUCUUCGUUGUGCUGUCAGUCCAACAUUGAUCAAGUCCUCCAAUCCAGAUUCUGAAUCAUUCAGAAGGAACAACCCGGCUUACUGUGUCCAGCCUGCUUGUGUCGUGCCAUCCUGUAUCCAGCCUUCUUGUGUGGCUCCCACAACAUGCUUCGGUCCACGCUUCUUUUCCAAAUCCAAGUCCAAGAAUGACCGGAAACCAAAACCAGAGAUUGGGAACCAGGUCAGCCCAUUACCUGAGCUCAUAGCAGAGCCCACAGAUGCUCGGUCGAUGUCUUUUGUUGGUACACAUGAGUACUUGGCACCAGAGAUCAUCAAGGGUGAGGGCCAUGGGAGUGCAGUUGACUGGUGGACCUUUGGCAUCUUCAUGUAUGAGCUUUUAUUUGGGAAAACCCCAUUUAAAGGAUUAGGAAACAGGGCCACACUGUUCAAUGUUGUCGGGCAGCCAUUACGCUUCCCAGAGUCUCCAGUGGUGAGCUUCGCUGCCAGAGAUCUAAUAAGGGGUCUGCUCGUAAAAGAACCUCAGCACCGGCUUGCAUAUAAGCGUGGUGCUACAGAGAUCAAACAACAUCCAUUUUUCGAAGGAGUGAAUUGGGCAUUGGUACGAUGUGCAAGUCCGCCAGAGAUUCCAAAACCCGUUAACAUUGAACGGCUGUCAAGGCCUACAGUAUCAACAAGCGAGAAGAAAGUUGCAGCUACGGCGAAUUAUGAAGGUUCCGACAACUACCUUGAAUUUGAUUUCUUCUAGUAAUUCAUCACCACUGGAGCAGUCUAUCCUAACGCUAGAAUCUUGUGGAAGUCAAAUUUCUGUUUAGCUGACAGCUGUUUCUAAAUUUACCAUCAGUUCCAAAUUAUUACAUUAAUGCAUCUGAGGAAGAUAUUUUGUUCA